AUGGCGUUCAACUUCAACUGGUCGCCACUCCUGGCGGACACCUCGCGCGCGCGAGACAUGCUCACAACCGCGCUCAACAAGUCGCCGAAGCCGCCCAUCAUCGUUGACGACAUCAUCGUCACCGAACUCAACCUCGGAUCGACACCACCCGAGCUAGAAAUCUUAGAGAUUGGCGACCUGGCGGAAGAUCGGUUUAGGGGCAUCUUCAAAAUGUCGUACACCGGUGAUGCCUUUCUGACGCUGAAGACCAAGGUCCAGGUCAAUCCGCUGAAGACGCACCUAUCGACAAGGCCAGACUUCGCAUCGCCACAACCGUUAGCAGCAGCAUCUGGCCUGACAAUACCGCUGUCCAUCACGCUAUCGAACUUUCGGUUAUCAGGUUUCGUUAUUUUGGUCUUCUCCAAGCAGAAGGGCUUGACGCUGGUAUUUAGGAACGACCCCCUGGAGUCACUCAAGGUGUCUUCGACGUUCGACUCGAUACCCUUCGUCCGCGACUAUCUGCAGAAGGAGAUUGAGGGACAACUGCGGGUGCUAUUUACGGAGGACCUGCCUGCCAUCAUCCACCGAUUGUCCCUACGUUUGUGUUCGCCAGAGUUCCAGGAAAUCGAGACCGAGGAAAGACUGGAUAGCACAAAGGACAGCGCCACUGCAGUAGACCCUCUGGCAACACCCCCACAAGAUGCUGUCGAUGCCUUCGGCAACCCUCUCGACGAGUCGCAGAUUUCGGAAAUAGCGCUCGAUCCCGUUGGCGAGAUCCAUGCCUCCUUUUCGCAGAAGAACAUCCUUCGCCUGGCUGCACUCUCGGAAUCGCAACGUACUCUAUCGCUCUUCACGCCUGGGAUCCGAGACGCCGUCUUCCGUGCUUGGGCUGGACCUGAUCGAGACGCCUCAGGUACUGCCAUGCCAGCACUCACACGAGGCAGCCUGUCUAGGAUCCAAUCCACUUUCGGAAGCAUGAGGUCAGGCGCAUCUUCUGUCGCCUCUGGAAGCCAAGGCACGCACGAUACCCACGACACGCACGACUCACGCCCGACUGUGUCUUCUACCUACUCCAUGUCAGGUCUCACAUUGGGCGCCGGACGAUCACGAGCCGGCGGCAUGCGAAAGCGCAAGAAGCGCGUUGUGGAUCUUCGCAAGAAGCCAGACGGCGCCACUGGUGAGAUGGCGUCAACCGACGCGCAUAGCGAGAUGGCGAGUACUUAUGCUUCCGAGACAUCGAGCGUCAUGCAUGAGGAGAGGGAAGCUGGAGAAGUUGCCACACCACCCCGAAGCCCAGUCCACCCAGGCCUACGACACGAUGGUCCGCACGGUGUUCUAGACCAUGGCGAACCAAGCAGACUUGUGGACAACACAGCAUCCACCGAAACACUACUCCCUGCCGCAGCCCUUCUCUCCGAACCACCAAGGACAGCGAGAUCGACAUCGAAGCAGCGCGAUGCCUACAAUGACGAGACGAUCAAGCCUCGCGCUUCCUCAAAGCGACCUCCGCUCUCACAUAACCAGAUCCUUCAGGCUCAGAAGUCUACAUCACCCCUCCUACGCUCCUUGUCAUUCGACAAGAUCGCCCUCACAUCACCACCAAACGAGACUGAGAGCACCGGUGGCAUACUCGAACAGGCAUGGAUGAUGAAGAUAGCACAAGAGAUUGCGAGAAAGGUGCAACAAGAGAAAGACCGCGACGGCUCUUCUCGCGAUAGGUCCCCCCUGGCUCGAAGCUCAAAAGCCCGCACAGGAGGCAUCUGGGCUGCAGAGGACGAGCUCGAGGCACCCCCUGCCUACGUUGCUUAG